UUUUAUAUAAUAAUUAGCAAUUAAUAAUACGGGAGAUGGUAAAGAAAUUUCACAUAAAAUUAGAGUUUUGCACAAAUCAUUUAUCUAGUAGUGAAAGUUUCAUUAUCGCACAACCUGAGUACUGUAAUUAUAAUUAAAAAGAGUGAUUUUUCUUCGGUCGCAAGCCACCAAUCUUCGUUGUAAUUCAAGAGCCACAAAAGUGAACUUAAAUUAGAAAUAUAAAAUAAUCAUGAAGCUUAAAAGUAGCUAAAACGCACAAUGCUUACAAAUAGACUGCGACUGGUGUGCGCCUCUCUCUCGCUCUCUAUAUAUAGAUAGAUAGAUGGUCAAAUGCAUGCAUCCGGAUCGGACCAGAGAGCUAGCUUUACUGCUGCAAGCUGCUUCACUAUACAAAUUAUUACUAGAAUGAAACACCCGGUAGCCAUGCCACAAGUGCUGUGGUUUUUCCUUACUCCCGCCCUAGUGAUUAUUUCCCAUCUGGUGGUGCCGCCGCCAGUGGCAGUCGCCGUCUCCGGCAUGGCCCCGUCGGCGGCAGCCACCGUCUCCGAUGUGGCCCCGUCGGCGGUGCCAGCUCCACGACGGCCGGGUUGCCCUGACAAGUGCGGCGAUGUAGACAUUCCCUACCCAUUUGGCAUCGGCGACGACUGUGCCUGGCAGGACUUGGGUGACUUCACCAUCACUUGCAACCAUAGCUUUAGUCCUCCAAGACCAUACAAAGGCGACUUUGAGAUCAUCAACAUCACGGUGGAGGCCGGCGAGAUGCGCGUCUUCAGCCCCGUGUCGUACAUCUGCUACAACUCAUCCAACACAACCGAACCCGGCGGAGACGCCGACUGGUCACUCAGCUCCACCGACACGCCGUUCCUGAUCUCGCCCACGCGCAACGUCUUCACCGGCGUCGGCUGCAGCACGGUGGCAUUCCUGGAAGGCAGGGAGGACGGGAGCUACUUCACCGGUUGCAUCACCACCUGUGAGAGCUUGGAGGAGGCUGCUCAAGACGGCGACGAGUGCACGGGGCUCGGCUGCUGCCAGACGCACAUCCCGGGCAACCUCAGCGUGAUACAUGUCUACUGGAGCAAAGGCAAUGACACCCACGUCAAUACUGCGUGGGAGUACAGCCCCUGUAGCUACGCCUUCGUGUCCGAGAAAGGCUGGUACCAUUUCCGCCGAGAAGAUCUCAGUCGGGACGGAAACAAGAGCUUUCUCAGCCGGGUUGGAGAGAGAACUAUCCCGUUGGUGUUUGACUGGGCCAUCAGGAAGAAUGGCUCUUGCCUGCUCCCGCCGGAGGCAAGCGGAGGUAAACCGACAGCUUCAGCCUGUGUCAGCGAGCACAGCUUGUGCGUCAACGCCACACAGGGGGAUGGGUACCUAUGCAAUUGCUCCCAGGGAUACACGGGCAAUCCCUAUCGCAUCCGCGGCUGCACAAAUAUUGAUGAGUGCGAACUUCGAAAAUCAAAGCCUGCAAUUUAUGAAAAGCUAUAUCCUUGUGGCAACGGUGGCACAUGCCAAGACACGGAAGGUAAUUACACAUGCAAAUGCAAAUUCGGGCAGAAAGGAGAUGGUAAAAUUGAAAAUGGAUGUCAGCCCAUAGUUCCUACAUAUGCAAAGGUAAUAUCAGCUGUAUUCUGUGUUAUCGUCCUUCUGGUAAUCCUAGCAUAUUUUGGUCCUAAGAAGCUUAAGAGACGGAAGCAGAGGAUGUGUUUCGACAAAAAUGGUGGUCAAAUACUGAAGGGAGCGGAGAUCAACAUCUUCACGCAAGAGCAGCUCAAGAAUAUCACAAACCACUACACCACACCCAUUGGAGAAGGAAACUUCGGCAAGGUCUUCAUGGGGAAGAUCGACGGCGACCAACAAGUCGCGGUUAAGUGCUCCUCCCCGAAAGGCAAGGAGCUCCCGCGGGAGGAGUUCGUGAAAGAGAUCACCAUCCAGUUCCGGAUCAGGCACGCCAACUUGGCCCGCCUCAUCGGAUGCUGCCUGGAGACGGACGUCCCCAUGCUGGUCUUCGAGUACUUCCCCAAUGGGAGCCUCUAUAGACUGCUUCAUGUCACGAGGCAUCAAGUGCUUCCACUGCCGGCACGCCUGAACAUUGCAAUCGGCUCCGCAGAAGCCCUCGCCUACAUGCAUUCAGCUGGUGGCCAGAACCAUGUCCAUGGUGACAUCAAAUCUGACAACAUCCUCAUUGACAACAACCUCAUGCCCAAGGUCUCCGACUUCGGGUCAUCCAAGCUCAUGUCGAUCGAUAGGUGCGCUUGGGAAGUGAAAGCGGAUAGGAGCUACAUGGACCCAAUGUACAUGAAGACGGACCGUUUCACGGAGAAGAGUGAUGUCUACAGCUUUGGCGUGGUGCUCCUGGAGCUCAUCACAGGGAAGAAGGCCAAAUAUGACGGGAACAACAGCCUCCCCAUAGACUUCGUCAAGUCCUGCAAGGAGGAGGGCAAUGGAAGGAAGAUGUAUGACAGAGACAUCUUGGCUGAAGGCGAUGCUCAAUCUCAAGCUUACAUGGAGUGCCUUGAUAGGAUUGGCGAGCUCGCGGUCCGAUGCCUCAAGGAAGACGACGAUGAGAGACCGACCAUGGCAGAGGUGGUGGAGGAGCUUAAGCAAGUGAAGUUUGAAGCCUGGGGAGGCCCAUGUUCCGAGGCGAGAUAAAGGCACGACUCACGAGGUAUAUAUAUGAAGCAAGGAAACUGGCAUUUCAGCUUAAGGUAGCUACUUCAUGCAUGGUAGUAGCUAGCCAUCUUCAGGUUUAUCCAGUAUUUAUCCUUCUUUGUCAAUGUCGAGUUGAUAAGUACGGUGAUAUUUGUUAAGCUGCUUGCAAUAUUGUGUACUGCCACUUAGUUAACCAACGGUUGUUUCAUAAAACCUCAUAUAUAUUGGAGAUGUGUGAACCAGCUAUGUAAGUUUUUCUUCCUCAAAUAUGGAUAUUGUAGAGAAUAAUUUGAAGGGUAAUCUUGACUUCCUGUCUUCCCUUUCGAAUUGUAGA